CCCGUCGUGCUUAGCAGCACAUGCGCCUCGGCCCAACACGUGGAAGAAGGAGAAGUAAUGGCGGCGUCGGCGGUGGCGUUGUGCGCCUACUCCUCGGACCCCACGAAAUGCUUCGCCGUUGCGUCGCCCGAUGGCCGCGUGUACGUGUGGGACGCGAGUAGCGGCGCACUUCGGCACGAGUACGCGCCCAGUUCGCAUCUGAGCGCCACGUGCAGCUGCCUAAGUUGGGGCCCUCCGAGAAAGUGCAAGGAUGCGCCGCAGAGGAAAAAGCGGCGAUCGGAGACGACGGGCAGGCUGGCCGAGCUGGACCUGCUGGCGAUGGGCACAGCCGUGGGCAGCGUGCUGCUUUACAGCACCGUCAAGGGGGAACUACACAGCAAGUUGGAUGGCGGGCAUGACGGUCGAGUGAACUGCGUGCAGUGGCACCCGGAGACAGACUCGCUGUACAGCUGCGCUGAAGAUCAGCACAUAGUGGAAUGGAGCGUUGUCUCGGCAAAAGUCAAGUGCAAAUGGAAAGGGGACAAAGGAGGCGUGAGCUCGUUGUGUUUGAGUCCUGAUGGGAAAAGCCUAAUCUCUGCUGGUCGAGCAAUCAAACUGUGGGAUCUGGAGACGAAGAAAUUACUCAGGAAGUUCACUGGUCACGCCACGACAGUGUCCUUAAUGAUGUUCGCCACCACGCAUCCACCAAAUGACAUGGAGUCAUUCGACGGCAUAACGGGUCUCUACUUCAUCACGGGCGCAGCUCACGACAGAUUCCUAAAUGUCUGGCAAGUGAAGGACGACAACAAGAAGACGCCUGCCGUUGCUCUGACGCUCACCGACGAACCCACCUACGUGGACCUGGUGCGGCCUGAAAAAAGUGACGAGCCUAUGAAGGUUGUCGUGGUGUGCAAUGAUGGAAAACUUCAUAUAUUUGAAUAUAUCCUCAAUGGUACGUGCAAGAAACCCUUGAAGCCCAGCUGGUCGCUGCAGCUGGUCACGCAAGGCAAAGACGAGACCCCGAGGCCCUUGCCUGUCCUUGCCGCUGCGUUCUGCGCUGACCAGUGCUCCCUCAUGCUGGCGUACGGCCCCAGCAUCCGCCCAGUGCUGGAGCGCGUGGCAAUCGACAAGUCUGAGAGCAUGGUGUGCCUCGUCCGAGACGAGCCGACGCGCCUGGCGAUAAAGAUGGAAACCAAAGUCACGAAGACCAAGACCCCCCUGGUGCCUGGGAAGGCCAAGGUGUUGGCGCCCGGUGUACCGGGCCACACGAGCACAGCUCAGGCUGUGGCGGUGCUGGAGAAAGCGGGGCGUGGCAAAAAGCGGAAAGGAGACCAGGGAAACGAGACGGCCACACCUGCAGAGUUGAGCCUGGAGGAGCGCUUGUCGACCAUGCAGCUGGGCAAGGGCGGCAGGCGGCCGGGUGAGCAGCCGCAAGCGGACGGCUUCAGUGUCCUGCUCACGCAGGGUCUGGAGAGCAACGACAGCGACAUCCUCAACAAAGUCCUGCAGACCAAGAACGAGAUCGUGAUCCGCAACACGGUGCAGCAGCUCGCCAUCCACAUGAUCAUGCCUCUGCUGCGAGUGCUUACAAAGAGAAUACAGAGCCAUCCAUUCAGCGCUGUGAUGACCAUGCGGUGGGUGAGGGCCGUGCUGACCAUCCACGCGUCUUACUUGGCGGCGAUUCCGGAUUUGGUGCAGCAGAUGGCAGUGCUCUAUCAGCUGAUGGACAGUCGAAUCCGCGUUCACCAGAGGCUUGCGCAGAUGAGCGGCAAGCUCUGCCUCAUGAUGAGCCAGCUGGACGUCGCAAGGAAAGCAAACAUUGGGAGUGGUGUGCAGCAAACUGCCCAACUGGUCUAUGAAGAAGAAUCAUCAGACGAGGAGGUGUCAGAAGAUGAACUCAUGGGAAAAGAGGAGGACUCUGACAACUGGGAGGAGAUUGAGGAGCAAGAGGAAGGAGGAGACGACUCCGCCACCGAGAUGAACGCCGUCGAAAAGGGAGAACAUUCUGAUGACGAAGUUGCCGAGAGUGAUUGAAGAGCGAUAGUCGGGUUGACGAUUGAUGCACCAGUGAAAGUGGACUCUACUUCAUUCAACACAAUGAAAACCAACAUCUCCCCCCCUCCCCGACGUUGAUGACAUUGUGGGUCCGACGGAUGUUGGUACAAACUCUUUUAAGACCUGCCGAAAUUGAGUUAUAGACAAUGAAGAUGCCUGAACGUACAGAGUAUUUUUAUCUGCCCAUAUCUGCAAGUUUUUCCAAAUGCAGCAUGCUUUUUAAACAUUGUUUAAGGAAUUAUUGCUGCACGCUGGGCUGCAUACAAUGCCUACGCAUCAAUGGGAUAUUGCUUUUCAGUAAGCAAGUAAUGGAUUUAGAUGUCUUUAACAUUUUAAGGUUUCAUGUUGCUGAAGUUUGACUUUGUAAAAUCUGUACAGAGAAUAAACCGUAUGGAGCGUUGCAUUCCCCAAGAUUUUUUUUUUCCCUCGGUCAUCACAUUUUUGGUUGCUUCAGUGACCUGCAAGGUAAUUUUUGAGUUAGAAAGACCGUAUCUUGUGUUUCACAUACCUUACCUGACUGACAUGCAGCAGUUCAAAAUAACGACGCAUUUUCGGUGAACUUUAAAACGAUGUUUUGAAAUAAACACCGUCUUGCGCGCCUUAAA